GCGGCUCACACGACGUACCGGCGACAGACGACGAGAAGAAUGCGAGAGCGCCACUGCGGUGAUCAAUGGCGGUAAAAGCGGGGACGUUUAUAACGUUUAUGUUAUAUUCAUGUUAUUAUAUACAUGCCAUAACGUAAAUAUAACAUGUCUAUAUAACACGUUGUAUAACGGCAAAGUAGCGAUAACAUGUGACUUGUUAUAUUACGUGUUAUGUUUGAGUUAUAUUGCUGUACAGUAAUAAUAACCAGGAAAUAACACAAUAAUGAAACAGUUAGAUAACAUUAUUACAUUGCAGUUAGAAGAGAAAAUUAUGUUACUUCAACGUUACUAAAGCCGGGUCUACAUUAUAUGUAUAACAAAACAUGUUAUAUGUUUUUGUUUUGUUUUUAACAUUGUUGUAUAACUUAUUAUAUGACUUCAUAUAACUUGUUAUUGGACACUAUUUUUGUAACAAUCAUUUUAUGUAGAAGUUGUAAAACAUUUUUCAUCUCAGUAUUCAUAAUGGCGUCAAACGUAGAGGAUGCAAUUCUCGCAGCAGCAGCUUGUGUAAUUUUAACUAGACAACAUAUUAGAACUAAACGGCGAUUCUGGGUGCGACCAUCAUUAGAAGCUCGAAAAAAAUAUAGUGGCACAAUCCUUAUAGCAGAUCUUGAAAGAGAUGACAGAGAUAUAUUGACGGGAGAAAUUCGGUGUGACGGUAGUUUCAAAAACUUUGCAAGGAUGACAAGUUUUGAUUUUGAAUACCUCAUAAACAAAAUCGGCCAUAAGAUAGGUAGAAAAGACACAACAUUUCGAAAUGCAAUACCAGUAAGAGAAAGACUAGCAGUUACAUUAAGGUUUUUAGCAAGUGGAGAUUCCUACCAAAGUUUAAGUUUUUUGUUCAAAAUAUCAAAGCAGAGCAUUUCAAACAUUGUGCCAGAAGUAUGCGAAGCUCUCAUCGACUUUUUGAAGGAUCAAAUCAAAGUAAGUAUAUGA